AUGUCCGACAAGGAGCCUGAGACAACUCUAACAAGAUACCGGUACCAGUUUAUUUUCGGUGCAUGGAUAUUGGUUACGAGCGCCGCCUUCUUGCGCGUCUCCCGGCAGCCCUACCACUCGCGCUUGAAGUCAGAGCAAUACGAAACCAUCUUCAAGGGCACCUCCCUCGCCGCCGUCCUCGCCGGGAUCGGCCUGGGCGGAGGAUUGAACAGGCCUCGGAGCGAAGCCGAAACGGACGGGUCACGAUCACGGCUUGCGGAAAAGGGCAGCAGUGGAGACGAUCGUGCGAGCCGUCUCAUGUCGGCCCGCGACCUGCCCAAUUGGCCCUGCGACAGCUCAGCAAACCGGCUUGCGCGAGUGGAGGGCCAAGCGGCGCGUCGUGCCUCGCCGUGGGAUGACGAGGAUGGUGCGGGGAAAAACAGCGCGCGCCUGGCAACCCCAGUCAAUCCUACCAAAGUCACCCGGGCCCUCCCCAGCCUGGCAAGCCUGGCAGCCAUGUUGCUCGACCGGCUGUGGCCGAUUGCUGCUUUGAGCACCCCCUGCGCCGCAGGCACCGUCUCCGUCCGUCAGAGCUCGGCCUGCCCGGGGUACGCGGCCUCGAAUGUCGUCGACUCGGGCACCACCCUUACGGCUGAUUUGAGCCUGGCCGGCGCGCCAUGCAAUGCUUACGGUGAUGACCUCACCGAUCUCAAGCUUAGUGUGGAAUACCAGACCGCCAAUCGCAUCCAUGUGCAAAUCUACGAUGCGGCAGAGAGCGUGUACCAGGUCCCAGAAUCAGUCCUCCCGCGUCCUACUGCUAGCAAUGGCUCUGUCCUAGCUUCGAGCGCCGCUAUCCGCUUCAAGUGGGUGGAGGAGCCGUUUUCGUUCUCAGUCGUCCGCUCGGCGACUAACGAGACGCUCUUCGAUACUGCGGAUUCACCUCUGAUCUUCGAAUCUCAGUAUCUGAGGCUGCGUACCAAAUUGCCCAGUAACCCCAAUAUCUACGGUUGGGGUGAGCAUAGUGACUCGUUCCGCUUGAAUACUACGAAUUACACCCGCACCAUUUGGAAUCGCGACUCGUACGGCGUGCCACCAGGAAGUAACCUGUACGGCGCGCAUCCCGUCUACUACGACCACAGGGGAGCUGCCGGUACUCAUGGUGUCUUCUUGCUCAACUCCAAUGGAAUUGAAGUCAAGAUCAACAACACGGCAGAAGAUGGCCAAUAUCUGGAGAUCAACACUCUGGGUGGAAUCUUCGACUUCUAUUUCCUUGCGGGACCUACUCCAAAGGAUGUCAGCAAGCAGUAUGCCGAGGUUGUAGGGCUGCCUGCAAUGCAGGCAUACUGGGCCUUUGGCUUUCACCAGUGCAGAUAUGGAUACCAAGAUGUGUACGAUGUUGCCGAAGUCAUCGCCAACUACUCGCUGGCAGAAAUUCCGUUGGAGACCAUGUGGACUGACAUCGACUACAUGGAGCUCCGCAAAGUCUUCACGCUUGAUCCAGAGCGCUUUCCACUGGAAAAGGUGCGCCAGGUGGUUGAUUACCUUCACGCACAUCAGCAACACUACAUUGUCAUGGUUGAUCCGGCCGUCAAGCAUCUUGAUAACCCAGCAUACGAUGCCGGGGCGGCAGAAGACGUAUUCCUCAAGACCUCCAACGGCUCUUACUUCCUUGGUGUCGUCUGGCCUGGUCCAACGGUGUUCCCAGACUGGUUCCACCCCAACACUCAGCCGUACUGGACUGAUCAGUUUGCGAGCUUCUUCAACGCUGAGACAGGUGUGGAUAUCGAUGCUCUCUGGAUCGACAUGAACGAACCGGCCAACUUCUGCAACUGGCCCUGCUCGGACCCCAGUGCGUACGCGGAGGCGAACAAUCAGCCGCCCGACCCACCGCCAGUUCGGAACAACAGUGGUAGACCUAUCCCAGGCUUCCCCGCCGACUUCCAACCGGCCGGAGUCACGUCUGCUGCUAGGAUGCUGUUCAGGCGCCAGUCCGCUGCGACAAAGUCCGGUCUUCCAGGCCGGGAUCUUGUGGAUCCACCGUACAAGAUUCAGAACCUCGCUGGCUCGCUCUCGAACAAGACAGUCGACACGGAUGUGAUUCACUACAAUGGCCUGGCCGAGUAUGACACGCACAAUCUGUACGGCACCAUGAUGUCGACUGCCAGCAGGAUCGCCAUGGAGAACCGUAGGCCUGGCCGACGGCCGCUGAUCAUCACGCGAAGCACUUUCGCUGGCGCUGGUAGGCAUGUCGGGCACUGGCUGGGCGACAAUCUGUCCCAAUGGGAGCAAUACAGGUUCUCCAUCUCACAGCUACUCCAGUUUGCGACCCUUUACCAGGUCCCAAUGGUAGGCUCAGAUGUGUGCGGCUUCGGCUCCAACACGACAGAAUCUCUGUGUGCGCGCUGGGCCUUGCUCGGAGCGUUUUCGCCGUUUUACAGAAACCACAACGAGCAGGGUGCAAUCUCGCAGGAGUUCUACCGCUGGCCGCUCGUGACGGACGCAGCAAAGACGGCCAUCAACACGCGCUACCAGCUGCUUGACUACUUCUACACGGCCUUCCAUCGGCAGACGCAGACGGGCGAGCCAGCCAUCAACCCGCUGUUCUACCUGUACCCAGAAGACGCCAAAACGUUCGACAUCGACCUGCAGUACUUUUACGGCGACGCGCUGCUCGUCAGCCCCGUGACCGAGGAGAACGUCACGAGCGUCGACAUCUACCUGCCCGACGAUGUCUUCUACGACUUCUGGACGGGCGAUACGGUGCGCGGUAACGGUUCGGUCGUCACGCUCGACGAUGUGCCCUACACGUCCAUCCCGCUGCACGUGCGCGGCGGAACCAUCGUCCCCCUGCGCGCCGCGUCCGCAAACACGACGACGGAGCUGCGCAAGCAGAACUUCACGCUGCUGAUCGCGCCGGGGCUGGAUGGCACGGCGAGCGGGAGGCUGUAUCUGGAUGAGGGUGAUGCUGUCGAGCAGCCGGCGACGUCGGAAAUCGAAUUCACGUACGACGGGCGCACGCUGGGGCUGAGCGGCACGUUUGGUUACGAUUCGGGGGUGGUGAUUAGCGGGGUGCGCGUGCUGGGGGGUUCUUCGUCUUCUGGUAGCAAUGGCACGGAGCAUGCGGUGAAGGCGGCACAGAGAGAGGUCGCUAUCGGGCUGGAUGCGGCGGCGCAGGUAGCUUUGUAG